AGUGGUGGUAGUGGUACAGAUCAUGGAUGUGUUGCAGUCUAAGGAAAACGAAAAACAAAAAAAAAGAAAUACAAAUGUAUAUGUAUAAGCCGCUUAUGCACGAUGCUGUAAUAAAAGAAAUCGAUGUACGAAGAAUGUUAUACUUGUUUCGUUGGUGGUCUUAUCAUUGUUCAACAUUUUUAAUCCGUUCGACAUUUCCCGUGCAAACAAACCCAGCUGAAAAAAUGCACUCAGGAAGUCUGUCUCUCGAAACACCGCACUGUUACAUUGAUUUUAAUUAUACUCGUAUCUCGAUGUCCGCAGCGCCACUACUGCUGUUUUUUCACAGCCUCGAACAUAACCUUAAUUGAACGCGUCGGAUUCCAUUAAAAUUUUCCACGGAGUUUUUUCGUUCGCGAUAUACGGGAAGAGAGUCGGCGAAAAACGAUAAAAAGAUAUGUAUGACCGUCGUACAUUCCAAUCAAUCUACCGCGGCGAUACACCUUGCACCUAGCAGGCGCAGAUUGUUUACUGCGCAGAAUACUGCGCAUCGCGAGUGAAACUGGCGCGGGGAGUCGAUUUUAAAAGCGAGGAGCCUCUUCUGCUAGAAUCAGGUGCGAAAGUUUAAACAACAGAUCGAUAAACUACCGGUUGAAAUGCUGGUAUAUACCUCCGUGUUAGAAUCAGGUUCCUUCCGAGACCAGCAAUUUGGUACCAAGAAUGUUCCGGAGUUGUCAAUUAAUCCUCGUCCUGACGAUUGUUCUAAUUUUAUUGGAUCCCGGCGAAGCAGAUAUCAGAAAGGAUUGCCGCAAGGAGUCGAGAGUUACAUGGGCCGCGUUAAGAAGAAUGAAGUCCGGGGACUUCGAACAAGACGACCCGAGAUUGAAGUGCUACCUGAAGUGUUUUAUGGCGAGGAACGGUAUUCUGAACGAAAAGUUACCAGCCAGAAAGGGUACGCGGGACAAGUGACUUGCAAAUGCGAACACGGCGAGAAGAAGGACAGCGAAUCCAAGGACUUCGGAGGAUGUUGCUCGAGAAAAAGGAUUCAGGAGCGAAGGAGCAGCGCCAGCGACAACGGGUGUUGUUCUUGGAGACGAAGUUGCUGCGACGGUGGCUGCUGCGAUCGAAUUGGAAACUGCUGCUCGUCAGGAUCCGAUACCACUGCCCAAGUUCGCGAUAAACCCUCGACCAGCUACGGAUACGGGUACGGUUAUGGCCAACCUGCUCCAAUGACGGCAAUGCCCUACCAAAUGAUGGACGCUAUGCCGGAAAGGGUGCCGUGUAAGCGUCAGGAGAAAAAGUUGCCGAUGUGUUUCGGCGGUGAUUGCAAAGAUGACGAGAAAUGCGAGAGCGAUGGAACCGAGACACCGAGGCAAUCGGAGCGAUAAAGGGAGCGAAUCCGAGUAGAUGGAAUCGGUGAUGGAAAGAUGGAGAAUGCAUUAGCUACGUUUCACCUCGACGCGAAGGAAUCUGCAAGGAAUGAGUAGCGGCAAACUUCCGGAAUUUUUGGACAAAAGUGUUAUGCUCAAACAGAAAACUUUCUUCAAGAGAUUAAAAUAAUAUUCAUUAAAAUUUAGAAGCAUUCAAAAGAUGGUAACCGAUCUUAAAGUUUUCGAUAACGAAUGUGCUUGAUUAACGUGGGAUCAACGGUGAAUCAAAUUUAUUCGAGUAAUCGAGUUACAUCGAACUUGCACCAUUAAUUCGAAACAGUAAACUCGAUCGGAGGUAAUUGCUCGAAGAAGCAAACAUAGGUAAAGGAAGUAGUCGAAUUAGGACUUUUGUUCGAUCACCACACGAGUUCAUUGUUCUUAAAGGAUUGGCUAAGCCAGGAUUAAUCAUGGUUCAACGUCAUCUUCGCUAUUCAGCCAGAUUCUGCUAGCCGUGCCUCGAUUCAUGCCGGGCUCCAUUCAUCAAUCCAAAAGACCCUCCUAUCGACUUCAAAAUAAGCUGAAACUGGGCCGAACUGUGCAUCAAAGACCUCACAUGCUGGACGCGCUAGACACACUCGCUAAAAACGAGCCGUACACAAAUCGAAUUCUCGGAGAAUUUCGUGCUCGACGUAUAUCCUGAUGCAGUUUCUUCUUCCCGGGAAUCUCGGAGUCGUUACAUUUGAUUUUCUAAUUCGCUCUUUAGAUUCACUGCUGACUCGAGACGUUGGUUCGACGCCGAGAGCCGAGGUGACUCAAAUUCCAAUUCCAAGGAACGCUCGUCUCUUUUACGUUUCCUUAUUUACUUUCGGUGCAUUCUGUCGCUUCGAACAGAAUUUAUGACUGUUAAGUUGCACGAAAGAACCCCGGCAAAAGGAACCUGCACUGUCUGGUAGACUCAGCCGUCUUGUUCAUGUUUGUAAAGUAAGGUAACGCAUUGGUAUUAGCCGGAAAAAAGCCUCAGCGAUCGAGGGAGGUUUCGGUAAAAUACUAAGGUCCGCAUUACGUCGGUAGAAUAAAUGGCGGAGCUUAUCACCGUUCAGAAUAACGAUACCAUUUAAUAGUCUUC